AUAACCGUUUUUUGUUAUUUUAGUUGCAUCAAAAUAUUUGAUUUGCAGGUACAUAACUAGUAAAUAUAUGUACGAGGAUAUAAAUAAAUAUUCAAAAUGACUGGUAUGGUAAGGAGUGAGGAGAUGGCGCUAUGCGAUGUGUACCUACAGCCCGAAGCUGCAUUCGACAUCGUGUCACGAUUCGGUGAAAUGGGUUGCUUGCAAUUUUUGGACGCUAAUCCAGAUGUAAAGCCUUAUGAAAGGAACUAUGUUGCGGAAGUUUGUCGUUGUGCUGAGAUGGAACGUCGACUUCGUUACAUGGAAGGCGAGAUGAAAAAGGAUAGUAUUAAAAUCCCUGCUCUCGACCACGACCCUCCGGCAUUACAACCGCACGAAAUGUCCCAGUUUGAAAAUUCUCUAGAAAAAUGGGAGGCAGACAUCGUCGACAUGUCUGAAAAUCAAACAAACCUAUUAAACAACUAUUUAGAGUUGAGGGAGAUGUUAUAUUUAUUGACUCAAAUCGGACCUCUGCUUGGAGAUGCUGAAUUGUCACCGGAUACUCUUUUAUCAAGGAAGGGAGGAGGUGGUGCAGGUGAACAGUCAACAAGCGCCGGUCGCCUGGUAGUAUUGUCUGGUGUAGUGCACCGCAGCAGAAGUUAUCCUUUCCAGAUGAUGCUCUGGAGGGUAUCUCGAGGAAAUAUUUAUUACAGACAGGCAACAGAAGAUGCCAUUUUGCUGGACCCAAGCACGGGUAAAGAUAUACGAAAAGUGGCAUUCCUUGCGAUAUGUCAGGGGGAACAAUUGAGUUCUCGAAUGGAGAAAGUGUGCUCUGGUUUUCGAGUGAACAUCUAUCCCUGUCCUGAGACAAAAGACGAGCGACUAAUGAUGACCCUGAAGCUUAACACAAGGGUUUCUGAUUUAGAACAGGUCAUUAGAAAGACAAAAUAUCAUCGUUGUAAAGCCCUUCGUACUGUGGGUAAGCGAUGGGCCUUGUGGAUGAUGCAAGUUAGAAAAUCUAAAUCCAUUUACCACACAAUGAACAUGUUCUCGAUUGACAUAACUAAGAAUUGUCUGAUCGGCCAAUGUUGGGUACCUAAAAGUGAUUUGGAAAGAGUGAACGUUGUUUUGUCAGAGGUUUCGGCUAAAAUUGGUACUAAUGUGCCGUCAUUCAUAUCAAAGACGGAGACGACUGAGAUGCCGCCAACUUACUUCAGAACCAACAAGUUUACUAACGGAUUUCAAACGCUUAUAAAUGCAUAUGGUGACUCAAAAUAUAGAGAAUUGAAUCCUGGUCUUUACACGAUUAUCACCUUUCCCUUUUUAUUUGCAAUAAUGUUCGGUGAUUUUGGACACGGUUGUAUACUGAUCCUAUUUAGUGGUUGGAUGAUCCUUACGGAGAAAAAACAUAUGGGUAUACCCUCACCUAAUGAAAUUUGGAACAUAAUGUUUGGUGGACGAUAUGUGAUCUUCCUCAUGGGUAUAUUCUCUGCAAUACUUGGGAUAUUAUACAACGACAUAUUCUCCAAACAUGUGUAUUUGAUGGAGUCUUAUUGGAAGAAUACGUACACUCUUGCUGAUCUACAAGGAAGCCACUAUAUAACUCUUGACCCUUUAUUAGAAACUAACCCACCAUAUGCUUUUGGUGUUGAUCCAUUUUGGGGGUUCGCAACUAAUAAUAUUAUGAAUGGUAAUUCUAUGAAAAUGAAGAUGUCUAUCAUUAUAGGAAUAAUACAUAUGAUAUUCGGUUUGACGUUAAGUUUGUUUAAUCACCUAUAUUUUAAGCGAUAUUAUGCUAUUUACCUUCAAUUUAUUCCUCAAGUUUUAUUUUUAUGUUGCAUUUUCUUGUGGCUGGUUAUUUUAAUAUACAUGAAAUGGUUUAUGUUUAGUGGAAAAUCGACGGACAUAAAGCGAGGGCCGGGAUGCGCCCCUCUCAUCCUUAUUCUGUUCAUUGAUAUGGCACUGUUCACCACUUCGAAGCCUGUGGCCAAGGAAUGUGACGCCUACAUGUUUACAUUCCAACAAUCUUUGCAAAAGUGCCUUCUCCUAGUAGCAUUAUUGUGUGUGCCUAUCCUGUUUUUCGGUACUCCGUUAUAUAUUUACGCCAAAAAUCAAAAGAAAAGAAAAGAAUUAUUGAAAUCAGGAUUUGACAGUAAAUUUCGAAAGUAUCAACAUAGGGGAUCCGUGUCGAAGUCCGAAGAAAGAAUUAACGCGGAAAUAGCUAAAUAUUCUGUUCCCCUUGGCGAGAUUUUAAUUCACCAAGCAAUUCAUAGCAUUGAGUUUACGCUUAGUACUGUAUCACACACCGCAUCUUAUCUUCGACUAUGGGCACUCUCUCUAGCGCAUCAACAACUAUCCAAGAUGUUGUGGUCGAUGAUAAUGGCGAAGUUAGCUUUAAAAGAUCAUACUACUCUUGCACCAGUGAAAAUCUUUGCAAUAUUUGCUGUAUGGGCUGUCUUCACAGUGUCCAUUUUAGUCGUUAUGGAAGGAUUGUCAGCAUUCCUGCAUACACUGCGUCUUCAUUGGGUGGAAUUUAUGAGCAAGUUUUUUGAAGGCGAAGGUUAUUGUUUUCGACCAUUCAAUUUUAAGGAGUUGUUUACCAAAGAUAAAGACAGCGGGCCAGAAGCCUCCUGUAAGAAGAAAGCUGCCGCGGAUAUCUAAUUUUUUACGUUUUUCUCUGUUUUUGCGUAUUUGAAGUAAUGUAAUUUCUCUUAGUUAAUAAAAGAAUAACGUUUCUGUUUAAGUUAUGCGAAAAUAAAUAA